AUGAGUGGCUCCACUCAAUGCGCGUUAGUUUGCCUGCUCAUCACUGUGAGCUGCAUUGCUCAGUGCCAUGGAGCAGGCACUGCCACGCCCAUCAAGAAGGGGGCUCCGCUGCGCAUAACGAAACCGCAGCCCAUCAGCAGCACCACUGCGGCACCGCCAACGACCAGCGUGGACAGCACCAGCACCACAGGCGAGCUGCUGUCGCCUCUAAUUUACUCCACGACGGAAGCAACCGCCAGCAGCGCCAGCGCCAGCAGCAUCACGACGGCAGAGGACGGUAGCAGCACAACUGCAGCGGGCAGCCUGGUGCCGGAGAUUUGUAUAACGGGACUGCAACUGACGCUAACCAAUGCGGCCGGGGAGCAGGUGGUGCGCAGGCAGCCAGAGCUGGUGCAAAUCAUCGAGGGCGACGUCAUGCUGAGUGUCCUGACCAGUGAUCCCGUCUCGGCGAUGUUUGUCAUCAAUCGCGUGAACCAGGCUAAUCUCAUCUCAGCGGACUUUGAAGUUGGCAUUCGCGCCAUAACUGUGGACAAUGCCAGCCUGGCUGAGAAUCUGCUCAUACAGGAGGUGCAGUACUUGCAGCAGUGCACUCAGUACUCCAUGGGCAUAUUCCUAGACUAUGAUCUGUACAGGCACCUCGAGUCGAUAAUCAGGGACUUGGAGUACAAUGUGUGGCCCAUACCCAGCACGCGCGGCCAUCUCUUCCCCAAGGUGGCGCAUCUGCUGCACCAGAUGCCGUGGGGCGAGAAGACCGCCUCCGUGGAGAUCGUCACCGAAACCCUGGACGUGUACAAUGAGUUCAUGGACGCCGCCAGGCAGGAGCACAUGUGCCUGAUGCACUUCAAGAGCGACGACAACAUCUACAUACUCUUCGGCAACAAGAUGGCCAAUCACUUCAAGGAGAACGGCACGGUGUUUGUCGUGCCCACGGACCGUGCAGAUCAUGUAUUCCUGGAGGAGCUGCCCAACAAGGCAUUCGUUCUGAUGGAGAAUGACAUAGAGCUGCGGGCGGCUGACCUGGAUCCGAUGCCCACGGCGCUCGACGAGGUGCUCAUUGGCAAGAGUGUGCUGCCCUCGCGCGUCCUGGUCUUCGCCAGCCCCGUCGUUGACCUGAUGAACUGGCUGCGCGCCUCGCUGGCCAAGCACUGCAAGCGCGAUGAGGACUUGUAUGUGCUGGAGAGCUGCUUCAACUUCCUCAACUUCAUCGAGGACUGGCGCACUCCCGAGUACCGGCGACCCCACGACACGCAGGAGCUGCUGGCGCUGCUGCGCAUGCGCAAGCUCUCCACGUCGAUGGUCUUCCAGAUGUACCAGAAGAAACAGGAGACCCUGGAUGUGAUAACGGGCGAGUCGCGCAUGGAGCUGCGCGAGAUCGCCUCCCAGAACUUUGUGACCAACGUGACCACCUACUACCACUACAAUCGCGACAAUCACACCAGCCUGGAGCUGAAGACGAAGUUCGGCUUGGUCUUCAACUGCCAGUACACGGUGGGCGACAACCGGCGCCACCCGUUCGUCUUCGAUGGCGAGAGCGUCAUGUUCUGGCGCAUCAAACUGGACACCUGGGUGGCAGCGGGCCUGACGGCCGCCAUUCUCGGCCUGAUCGCCACGCUGGCCAUUCUGGUGUUCAUUGUGGUGCGCAUCUCGCUGGGCGAUGUGUUUGAGGGCAAUCCGGUCACCUCGAUCCUGCUGCUGCUCUCGCUCAUCCUCGUCUUCUGCUCCUUCGUGCCCUUCUCCAUGGAGUACGUGGGCGAGCAGCGCAACUCGCAUGUCACCUACGAGGAUGUGAACACCCUCAACACGCUCUGCGCCGUGCGGGUGUUCCUGAUGACGCUCGUCUACUGCUUUGUCUUCUCACUGCUGCUCUGCCGUGCUGUGAUGCUGGCCUCGAUCGGGUCCGAGGGCGGAUUCCUCUCCCAUGUCAAUGGCUACAUUCAAGCCGUCAUCUGCAUAUUCAGCGUCUUUGUCCAGGUGGGCAUGUCCGUGCAGCUGCUGGUGGUCAUGCACAUGGCCUCCGAGAGCGUCUCCUGCGAGAACAUCUACUACGGCCGCUGGCUCUGGGGCCUGAUGGCCUACGAUUUCCUGCUGCUCUGCUGUCUGGUCAGCCUGGUGCCGUUCAUCUAUCGCUCGCAGCGCAACUACCGCGAGGGCAUCCUGAUUGUGAUUGGGGGCGUGCUCAUUCUGAUCAUCUGGACCGUCUGGAUCAUCCUGUCGCUCUUUGGCGACGAGUGGCGGGAUGCGGCCAUUCCGCUGGGGCUGCAGGCCACCGGCUGGGCUGUCCUAGUGGGCAUCCUAAUACCACGCGCGUUCCUCAUUGUGCGCGGCAUUGAACGCUCGGACAUUGCCCAGGCGCUGCCCUCGCUUACCUCCCUGGCCUUUGCCCAAAACAAUCAGUAUUCCUCCGAGCAGAGCGUUUAUGAGUGUGUGAAUCCUGCUAUGCGCCACUGCUCGCAGGAGGAGGUGAACCAUCAGUCGCCCAGCGAGAUACCCACGCUGCCUCUGCGCGGCGGCGGUCCACGACGUCAGCAGUUCUUUGCCAAUCUUCGCCAGGCCAAUGCCAACAUCAAUCCGCAACGUCCGCCGCCACGCCCACAGCAGAGCCCCUCGCGCUCCUCCGUCUGCUCCCUGCCGCCCUCACCCGAGCACAGCAAGAUCACACGUUUCUGAGCGAAUCCGGGAACAGAUCCAUAGACAGACCUAACCAGCACACCGCAACUUCCGUUCGAACUCUAGUCAAAGCGCCAAGAAUGUGCAUUAAUUAAAUUGCUGUAAUCUAUUUGUUAAUCUAACAUUUUAAUUAUCGACGAACCAAUAACCCAUGGCCAUUUACGACUUUAAUAAAACUAAAUGGAUACAGACGAGAAAUAUA